AUGCCCCAGACAUCUUUAAAUACAGAUAGCUAUUCAUUCAAGUUUAGCUCCGAGGGAAACGUUGAAACAUCAAUUAAUAUUUUAAAUGUUACUAAAACGCAUAACGCCAAUCUAUUUUUUUCUUAUAGUUCAGGAGGAAAUGGAGGAAAUGUAAAACAGUGGAUUGAUAUUGUAAGUAGACAGGAAUUGAAGUUUCCACAUAUAAAAAUUGUUUACCCUACUGCACCUGUUCAACCUUAUACACCUGCUGAUGGAUGCACUGUAUGAUUUGAUCGUAAAAGUACAUUUAAUAAUGUUUCCAAAGAUGUAGAAUCAAUAAAUCCGAUAUGUCACAAUGUAAUGGAAUUUAUUGAUAAAGAGGUUUCUCUUAGAAUACCAUAUGAUAGAAUCAUUGUUACUGAUGUUUCAAUGGGUAGUGCUCUAGUUUUUCACAUAACAUAUAUGAGAUACAAAUUAUCUUUAGCUGGUUAUUGUUCUAUGUGUAGUUUUCUUAAUAAAAACUCAUUGAAGAAUUCUGGAAUAAGUACCCCACUUCUUCUACAAAUCCAUGAUACUAUGAAUGGAUUGGUUCCAAUUCAAUGGGAAAAAGAUAUAAUUUUAACAGAACUUAGAGUGAACAUCAAGUUUGUACCACUGUAUAAUGUAGAAUAUGAACCAACUAAAACUGAAAGAGAGUCCUUUAAAAAAUGGCUUUUAAACAUUUUACCAGAGAAGUGGUUUCUCCCCAAUUUUAUUGAAAAAAAUAAUAAUUCGAGUGCUCAUUCUGUGAAAGCACAAUACAUCUACAGUAAAUAA